AGUUACAUAUUUUCUGUGCUUGAAGGAAAUCGACAUAUUGAUUAGUCGCAGUACUAAUUGUCGUGUUUCGCACAUGCCUUGCCAUGGAGCCGUUCAAUGCUUCCUGUGCAGUAUUCAGUUCACUAGCGGGACUCCAUGCACUCCCGUCAGCAUAACCGUACUGUGUUUGCAAAACUGUCUAUCUACUAAUUGAUGUUCCUUUAAUUUGGCCAAUAGUGCAGUUAACGCAUUGUGUUUUUGUAAGAAAGGAUGCGAAUUUCAACCGUCGGAUUGACAAACAUGCUCAACGCACUUGGAUUGGCCACUACAUAUAUGUAGCAAUCUGAUGUCCUUACCUGAAGGUCUGUGCGCGAACUACGGCCUUCCUUUUGCAGCAAAAAUUAUGCCAAUUCGCUUGUGAUUUUAUUUGGACGCAAUAUAUUCAUAAAUUUAUUUUUUCGAAAGCGCGACUCGAAAGACACAGUCAGAUUGUUCUGCCAGUCGUUCGUGAUUCACUUAUGCGAAUGCUCCACAGGAAGGAAGAUUGAUGGACAAAAUGAUAUCGAUAUUGAUGCAUCUAAAAAGUGUGCUUACUUCACCGGCAUGAAGCAAAGGAAAGAGAAAUUUAAUGCAGCCGUCGUAUCUCGAAUUUCCUUACUAUUUUUUUCGUCCAGUAUAUAAUGCGCUGCAGUUAUGGAGUUGUGGAUCUCUGUCACGUUAAUUAGUCUGAGCAUCAUGGAUUUGCUGCCAAAACAGACGAGAGCAUUUGAUUACAACAUAAAUGCGCCAAAUUCUGGAGACUAUUGCAGUUAUUUCUCAAAUCGUGAGCCCAUAGAAGCUCCAGAACUACGGAAUUGUUCGUGGUAUAAAUUGAGAAGCUGCUGCCGUCAGACCGAGCUGGAUUCAAUUUUUAAAGAUGUCAGAGCACUGCAAGGAGCGGACGCUAUCUGCCAGAAGUUGUUGAAUUACAUGAUUUGUUGGGUUUGUGAUCCUGGUCAGCAUCUUUUCUACUCGAGCAAAAGCCAGAAGCUCAGCUUCUGCGAAGGUUUCUGCGAUAAUAUUUUGGAAAAAUGCAGCAAAGCCUUGUUCAAAGGUAUACCGAUGCAGCAGUUCUAUCCGACUGGCCGGUAUUUUUGUGAAUCCCACCAUUUUCAUGUUCCUCCCCAGAAGAAUGAGAGCUGUUUCUCCGCCGGCGGUGCCUCAGGAGAGAUUACGGACUGGCAAAUACUAGCGGGAGCCACGUCCACGCGUUAUCACCCGUUUUUGCCCUUUUUUAUUCUACUCCUGUACAGCUGCAAAUGCAUUAUCAAAUUUUUGUAAUUGUGUGGCCAUAUAGUUCUGUACUUUUGUGCACGCUAAUUUUACUAAAAGGUCAAACCCGUAAGUCUGCAUGAUUUUGCCUGACAUUUGCACUUCAUUUCGUACGGGAAUAUGCAGACACCUGGUAUUUACAAUAGUCGUUCCCUGUUGUCUCGUGGCUGGUACUUUUUUAGCGACCAGCAAAUGCAAAGCUCAAACGAUCUUUGUCACUAAGUAAUUUGAUAAGAACGCCAAAACAAAAUCUGCAGCCUUAAAUGAGAUCACCAAUACCUAUCGCAAUAACUCCGUCUAAGCAAAGAAUCGGAA